GCUGCCGUUGUCAAGGUAACAGAUUAAAGAUAUUCCAGAUAUUAGCACUACUCCUCCAGUGGCUUCAAACUGUGAAUCAAACUGUGAAUGUCUGAAGUGGGAGUUUGAAAAAGAAGCUAGCACAUUUGGUUGUUUAAUAUUGCCAGUACUCACUUAGACAUCAGUGUUAACUUUCUCAGUGUGACGAGCAGGGAGGCUGGUAGGAGGAGGUGGGGUUGGUGGUGGGGACUGACGGCAGAUGCCUUUGCAGCAGAGGACCAAGGAGGAUGUUAGUUUGCGUGGUGUUGCGGGACAAAAUGCGCAUACGUCUGAGCACCGGCUUGGCGACGUUUAAACUGCGGGACUUCGUACAUGCAGCUGUUGCAGGAGCAGUCUUGGACACAUAUACAGUCAUUGACUGAAACAGCUGGGAUACUCUGUUGAGACUGGUUAUUCACAACCUUGGAAACGAUGGAAAUUGGAGGUUUUCUGCCCUAUUUGGAUCAGUUCAUGCUGAGCCCACUUGUCACUUGGGUGAAGACAUUCAUGCCACAGGAUGGAGGCAUACACUUAGACUUUUCUGAAUUGCUGGAUGGAGUCUUCCUGAAUGACAUAAUGAUGCAAAUAAACCCCUCAGCUACACCUCAGGGUGCAAACAAAAUGAGCAGAGAUGCAAGUCAGAGGAUCCAGAACCUGAACUUCCUUGUUCAGCAAAUCAAGACAUUUUAUCUGGAUAAUCUGAGACAAUUGAUCAUGAUUACUUUGCCAAACGUGUUGCUGCUUGGCAGGACCCCUUACUGUGAGCAAAGUCUGGACGAAAUGAAAAAACUUUUGUUGCUGCUGUUAGGAUGUGCAGUCCAGUGUGAGAAGAAAGAAGAGUACAUUGAGAAGAUCCAGACGCUUGACUUUGACACAAAAGCUGCCAUAGCUGCACAUAUUCAGGAGUUGACCCACAGUCAGGAUAACGUUCUGGAUCUGCAGUGGCUCGAGUCCAGUGAGGUGCACCUAGAAGAGCUGGAAGCCGCAGCAAGGAACAUGGCCACGCACCUCCGAAGUCUGCUGGAUCAGAGAGACACCCAUCUCGAAACCAUAGCAGAGCUAAUGCAGGAAAAGGAUGGUGUGAUUAGCCUGCUCAAUAGUCCCAACAGCCCACAGUCCACCAGCUACUCUCCCAGCAUGCAACAGCAGCAGCAAGUAGGUACUCAGCAACACCUGGCAGUGGAGCUGGCGGACUCUAAGGCCAAGAUCAGACGACUUAGACAAGAACUAGAGGAGAAGAGUGAGCAGAUGCUGGACUGCAGACACGAGCUGGAGAACGUGGAGGCAGAGCUGAAGAGGAUCCAACAGGAGAACUCCCAGCUGCUCGUAGACGCCCGUGCAGCCCGCACUUACCGUGACGAGCUGGAUGCCCUGAGAGAGAGAGCCAUUAAGGCAGACAAGCUGGAAAGUGAGGUGGGACGCUACAGAGACCAACUGCACAAGAUGGAGUUCUACAAGGCCAAAGUGGAGGAGCUAAAGGAGGAUAACAGGGUGCUACAGGAGACCAAAGAGGUGCUGGAAGAUCAGUUAGCAGGGUGGAGGUCGCGCUCAGACAAAAUCCACCAACUGGAGAAGCACAGUCUUCUGCUGAAGGCCCAGGUGCAUGACAUGGAACAGGAGAGGGAGGCAGAUCGGAGGCGCAUUGAGGAGCUGCAGGAGGAGAAUUUGGCUUUGUGUUUAGCUCAACGGAGGAGCAUGGAGGAGUCCCAACACUUGGGCUGGGAGUUAGAGCAACUUUCCAAGACCACUGAAAACUCUCAGGGCCAGCAGACUCUGAGCGAAGAGGUGAGUGAGAGGACCCGCAGUCGGAUGCUGAAGCUGGAGAAGGAGAACCAAAGUCUCGUAAGGACCAUAGAGGAACUCAGAGCUGCCUCCGUGAACAACAGCAUACAGCCCAAACAUAGUCACCACCUUGGGUGUGACCAGGUGGUGUGCAGCACCAACUGCACCACAUCAACAGAUCACCAAACCUCCUGCUCGGUUGUUGAAAACUGCACAACCUAUACAGUAACAGAGCAGAUGCUGAACGGAGAUUCAAACUGCCAUCAGCAGCUCCACUCAGAAGAGCUGGAGGGAGUCCAGAGUGAGAUCCUGCUCACAGAUCCAGACCUUCAUAUUCAGGAGAAAGGACAACUAGAGGACAGGGACGAAAGAAAUCAUUUCAAAGCACUGAUGUCUGAGCUGGAAGUCUUAGAGAACAAUCACAACAGGCUCCAUUGUUUUGCUGGAUCACGUGAUCGCUCCCCUGGCUCAAAGAGCAGCAGUCCCUGCCAUGGCAGCAUCUUCACAGGUCUGCCAACACGUUCCUCCUAUGGCACAAAGCACACACAGCGGCUGGAAGCCAAGUGCAAAGCCCUGGACACGGUUAAUCAACAUUUACAGACUUCCCUCGAUAACACUGACCGUAAAGUUCAGCGCCUGGAAGCAGAGGUUCAAGAGCUGGAGGCAGAGAACCAGAGCCUGCAGGCCACUUUAGAGGAACUUCGGAUCUCCGCACGACGCCUGGAACAACUGGAAACAGAGAAGCAAAGCUUAGAGCAAGAAAACGCAGUCCUGGACAGGGAAAAGAGGCAUCUGGAGAAAGAGAAUCGACGACUCCGCCAGCAGGCUGAAAUCCAAGAAGCCAACUUAGACAGCAGUAAUGUGUGCAUAGCCAGCCUGGAAAGGGAGAUGCGUUUAGUAGUAAAGGAGGUGGAGGGGUUAAGAGACACUGCUGAGAGAGUCAAAGGCCUGGAGGGAGACAACAGAGAACUGACCAAGCAAGCUGCUAUUGACCAGAGGACCCUGGCCACUCUCAGAGAGGAGCUGGUAAGUGAGAAGUUGAAAACUCAGCAGAGAGACAAUGAACUGGAAAGGGUGACCCAUGAGUUGGAAAUGAAGGUCCUGAACCAUGCUGAACAGGAGGCACCAGACAGCAGCAGAUUCAAGAUUCUGGAGUCAGAGUUAGAGUCAUCUCUGAAAAAAUCUCUUCAGAUUAAAGAGGACAAGAUAGCAGCUUUGGAGGCUCGUCUGCAGGAAUCCUCCAACCUAAACCAGCAGCUGCGCCAGGAGCUCAAGAGUGUGAAGCUGAGCUAUGAGGCCUUGCAACAGAGACAGGAGGAAGAGCUGACAGCAUCAAGCUCUACCCCUCCAAAAGAGACGGGCAGGACAAUGAACGAAUGGCUGCGUGAAAGCCAGGAGGCCACCAAGGAGCUGCUGAAGCUCAAAGACCGUCUCAUUGAAGUAGAGAGAAAUAAUGCGACACUGGAGGCAGAGCGCCAAGCUACGCAGACCCAGCUGAAGCAGCUGGAGAGUCAGUCUGACAGCCAGCAGGCUCAGAUCCUUGCCCUGCAGAGGCAGGCUGCCUCACUGCAGGAGAACAACACUGCUCUGCAGACACAUAACGCUAACCUGCAGGUGGAAAAAUCCACUUUGAACUCACAGAGUGCCUCCCUCAUGGCCCAGAAUGCUCAGCUGCAGCAGCAGCAGUCGGGAACAGAGAGCGAACGGGACAACGCUGUACGGGAACGUGAAGAGCUGCGUGGGGUUCAUGAGCAGCUAUUACGAGAUCACGAGCGGCUGGCAGCUCUGCAUGAGCGGCAGGCCAUGGAGUAUGAGGUUCUAAUGGGCAAGCAGGGCUGUUUGAAAAAUGCCCAUCGCACACUGGAGCUGGAGCAUCGAACGCUGCAGGACAGAUAUAACAGCCUGUUGCAGCAGCGAACCAAGCUAGAGGACCUGGACAAAGCCCUGAAGGAAGAGCAGAUGAGGAUGGCGCUGGAGAAAGAACAGCACAGGACCACUGCUGCUGAAUGUUGCAGACUCCGUGAUGAGAAGGACUGGCUGAACCAGACAUACCGGCAACUUCUCAACGACAACGAGCUGCUGACAGCGGAUCACAAGCAGCUCAAGAGCCAGCUGAAUGAGGCCAAGCUGGAGCACACCUGGCUGCAGGCUGACUUCUCCAAGCUCAAGAAGGAGUUUCAACAGCUGGACAUCACCUCCACAAAGCUCACAAAUCAGUGUGAGUUGCUGAGCCAGUUGAAGGGCAACUUGGAAGAAGAGAAUCGCCACCUGCUCAGCCAGAACGAGACCCUGAUGCUACAGAACCGAACCUUGCUGGAGCAGACUAUGGAGAGCAAGGAUCUGUUUCACGUUGAAGAGCGACAGUACAUUGAUAAGCUUAAUGAUUUGAGGAGGCAGAAGGAGAAGCUGGAGGAAAAGAUAAUGGACCAGUACAAGUUUUAUGAACCAUCGCCUCCACGCAGACGUGGAAACUGGAUCACUCUGAAACUAAAGAAGUUGAUUAAAUCCAGUAGUCGUGAGCAUGGACCGGCCGACCGCCCACCAACACCCACACACUCAGGCACUGCAGAAUCACAUCUCUUCUGUCAUGACAACAGUUCCUUCAUCAGCUCAGAUGGCUCUAGAGGCUCAGCCUCCACCUCAGCAGGUGAUGCCAUCUCACCCCAACGUCACAGCACCACUCUGAAAAUGUUUCCCCGUAUCAAGAACAGGAUGAAGGAAAGAGACAAAUUCAAGUCCCUCUUCCGUCGUUCCAUGUCACUGAGCAGCUUGGCGUAUCCCCCUGCCCUGUCUGAGGAGGAGCGGUGGACAAGCAGCUCAGAGUGGCUGGAAGGGUCAGAUGCUGAUGUUGACAAGGACAGGAAGAAUCCACUGACCUCAUCCCUCACUGCAUCCAUCUUGUCCAUCCUCCAUCACAAUCAUCCCUCUACUGUACCAUCUGGCCAUGUGACCAUCAUCACAAACCCCUCCGACACUGUUCCAGAUGUUUCUGAGCUUUGGUUGGCAGACAAGGAUUCAAAUGACAGCACUGUGCCAUCUGGAUUUGAGGACAACAACGAACAGCAAAAUCACGGGCUAAAUGGUGUCCAGAGUCGAGCCCAAAGUGAGAGCAGUGGUGAGUUCAGCCUGAGCCUCGAAAAUGAGCCAUGGUCAAAUGGCAGCAGCCCAGUCCAGCAUCCCCCGUCUCGUUGCUCCAUCUACCAGCCACCCAGCGAUACCUCCACUCCACAACACACGCUGAAGCUGCAGCAGCAGCACAAGGAGGCCAAGGAGAAGGCCUCAACCAUGCUCAAAACCAGCAGUCAGAAUUCAGAUAUGCAGUUUUUACCAAAACAGAAAGAUCCUGGGUUCACUCAAGACUUCUGGCUCUCCAGGGGUACAAAGAACAUCCGAAGAGGUUCAAAAGAGAAAGUGGCACGACGCUCAUCAGACUCAGGAGGAACAGUCAAACUGAACCCAGGGAUCAAUGGAAUUAAUUCAAAAUCAAGCUCCAGCAAAGCUGAAGCUACCCAAGCCUCCAUUUGUUCAUCUGUCACAGUGCUGUAUGUUCAGGGUAAGUCAUCCUCAAUGUCUGGCUGCCUCAACUGCUUCUCUACCCCUGUGGGUAAAGAGGGGAGACUGAAAGGGCACAGGUCGCCUAAAAGUCUGCCCCGAGCCAGCAGUGUCAUUUCCACAGCAGAAGGAUUGUCCCGACGCUCCAGUGUCAACAGCGACUGCAGGGUGACGAUCAGGACCGACCCACCCUCUGUCCAGGUUUCAGAAGAGAGCAGUAAUCAGGAUGAAACAGAUCAGCAGCAACCAGAACCAGACGCCAAUAGCAGCAAGCCUGAGCCCAUUCCUCCAGUCAAACCUCCCAGAGACCCGACAGUUGUUCCCUCAAAUUGCCCAGUAUCCCCUGUGCAGGAGUCACUUUUUGGCUCCUCAUUCACUUUCAACUCUGUCUUCUCAAACACAAUCUUCAGUGAUUCUGUGGUCUCGACUGCAGCUGGUCUGCAUGCCCUUGACAACAACCAAACCUUUGCCUGUCUAAAUCCAGCCCUGGUGCAAAACUGUUCUUUUGAGAGCCAGGAGUCUCCUUUGAACACACCACAAACACUGCACAACAUAGAAAAUGAGCAGAGUCACCAUGCAGAACAUGCAGCUGGGCUGGAGGAGGAGGACAAGCCGCUCACAGUUGCGUGAAAACAGCUUUUGCAUUAGUGAAUAUUGUUUUUGUUUUAAAGCAGGCAGUUGCAGGGCCACUUCUCAUCACAUCAACUGAAGCACACAAUUUAUGUCACUGCAAUUUCAUAUUUUUGCAUUUACCUCCACUGACUACCUGAGUAUACAGUUGUUUUAUAAGGUGUAAAUAAACAGUUUUUUCACACUGCUGUAGUAACAUUUGCAGCUUUUACAGGACAUCAGUAUACAUGAGUAAUCGAUCCAGAGAUUAUCUUUAAAUUCUGGUUCUCUUUUUGCACAUAUUCCAUGUAAUAUAACUGAUUGACAUGAUGGAUAUCCUUAGACUUGUUGUGACUCAGGCAUGUUUACCUUUACCACGCUGACAGUCCUCUUAUGUACAGUAUAUUCCUGUUAUACGUAUUAUUGUUUGCCACAACAUAUUGUUCAUGUCUGCUGUUUAUAUUUAUGUCCUGUUAGACAGACAGAAAUGUUAAACUAUUAUAAGUAGAUUGCUGUCUUUCUUUAAAUUAAUA